AUGAAACGUAAAAACGGGUACUAUGAUGUUUUUCUUCAAACUUGUGCUAGAUACCCAUCCAAAAUAGCCCUAAGGAUUUAUGAUAAUGGAAUGUACCGACACUACACUUAUUCCGAAAUAUAUGGAGCUUGUGAAUAUAUAUCUCAAAACAUACAACAACUCAAGUUUUCGAGAGGUGUCAUAGGGCUUGUUUCAGAUAGAAACAUUAUUAUCCCUUGCGUUAUUGCUGCUGCUCAUAAAUGCAGUACAACUUUUAUGUUCUUAAACCCUUCACAAGAUAUUCAAUCCGUAGUAAACAAAGUCAACAUUAAGAUUUUAAUAACAAUUAAAGAAAUAGAAAAAAAUAUAAAUAUUAACGUCUUCGGCAAGGAACCUGAAAAAACUAUAACAAUUUUUAAUUUAGAAGUGAGUUUCUACAAUUUGGAGGAAAGAGGCUCUUAUCACAGUUACAAAUAUGCCCCUGAUCAUUCUUACAUAGCAACAACAUCAGGCAGUACUGGAGAACCAAAACACAUUCAGGUGCCCAUACAAUGUAUCCAGCCAAACAUAGAUGAUCUCACAAGAAUGUUUGAAAUCAAUUCCUCUGAUGUGAUAUACUUCUCUACUCCACUCACUUUUGAUCCAUCAAUGAUAGAAAUACUUCUUGCAUGUGUGAAUGGAGCAUCACUUCUUAUAGCGCCGGAAAAAGCAGACAUUCUUUUCGGAGACAAUACUGAGAACUCUGUCACAUUCUGGCAGACAACACCAUCGAAAUUCUUUCAAAAUUCAAAUGCUGAUAUAAAAAAUAAAAUAUUUAGUGCCAGCUCCACACUUAAAGUGUUAGCUUUGGGUGGAGAACCUCUUAGUGGUAUUAACAGAUUACGAGAACUAAAAGAUAUUUCUAAUAAGACAAGAAUAUUUAUGUUGUAUGGAGUUACAGAAAUGUCAUGCUGGGCUUGUGCUGCUGAACUGGACUUGAACAGAAUACUUAAUGAUAGAGAAAUACCUUUGGGCAACUGUCUCUCAGAAACUGAGAUAAUUGUUGAACCUACUAACAAAAAUAAAAAUACUGGAAAAAUUGUUUUAGUAAGCAAGACCAGGAAAUGUUUGAUUUUAAAUAAAUCUGUUGGAACAGAAGAGACAAAUUCAUUGAAAUUCAUUGAUACUGGAGAUAUUGGUGAAGUGAGAAAUGGAACGAUUUACUAUAGAGGACGUACGGAUGAUGUUAUCAAGAGGUUUGGGCAAAAAGUUAGCUUACAGGAAAUACAGACAACAAUUAUGAUGUGUCCCAGAGUGAAGUCCUGUUCCUGCAUCUGGCUGCCCAAACCCAUGCUGUUGGUUGUCUACUUUGCAUCAGAAACAUUAAAUAGUCAGGAGCUCUCAGACUUCCUUAAAUGUAAACUAGAAGAAAAACAUUGGCCUGAUAAAAUUAUUAAAGUGGAUAGCAUACCAACAAAUCCUCAUGGAAAGAUUUCAAAAAAAAUACUACAACAGAUGUUUGAAAAGUCACCACAAAUUCUUCCAACAUUGGACUCCUUAAGAGUUUUGUUCUUAAAAGAACUGAAGGCGGCACUGAGCAAAAAUUUUACUUAUGAUGAAGUAAAAGAACAUGAUUUCUUUUCCAUUGGGGGUACUUCUUUCCUGGCUGUUUCCAUGUGCAAUAAAUUAUCCCUAGCAUGCCCCCAAUUUGGAAAAUUCAUACUGCCUUAUUUGUUAUCCCACAAUCGUAAAAUUGAUGACAUUAUGCAAUUAGCCUUGCAAGAAUUAGGCCUUAAAGAAAUUAAAUCGAAAAAGAGGUUAAGGUCGGCAUCCUACACCGAGAGUAUUGCAUCAGGGAGUCAAAAGAAGACUGUGAAAAUUAUAAACUCACAAAAUCCAAUGGAGUUUAUUUUGCUUUGGACUUAUGACACUGGUAAAUGUGUUGAUGCUUCCCCUACUUUAUUUCAACAUAAAUUCAAUCUGUAUAUAACAGUUGGGAGCCAUUCAGGAAUGAUUGUUGUCAUUGAUGCCAUCAGCGGCAUUUCUCAAGGAAGUAUAAAACUUAAAUCUAGAGUCGAAGCAUCAGUGGUCUGCUAUAAUGAAGCCCCGUUGUCAACACCUUGUGGUAUGGUCGGUUCCUAUGACGGAACCAUUAUUUGCUUUGCUUUAGAAACGUGUAAAGAAAAGUGGCGAAUAAAUAUUGGCUCUAUGAUAAAAAGCAAAGGUGUAUGUUGCAAAGGCUGCCUGUAUAUAGCGUCGUACGACGGAAAAGUACGAUGCAUUGAUAUUAACUCAGGGCAUGUGAAGGACGUGAUUCAAGUAUCCGAUAAAGCUAUAUCGGCUGAUUUGAUGCUGGCUAAGAAUAAGUUCAUACUAUUGGGUACAUUAUCUGCCGUCUGCGCUAGUAUUCACACAGAGACUAAAUCUAUAGUGUGGAGGGGAACACUUAGUAGCCCGGUGUUCGCAGCUCCUGCGCUCUAUGACGGUGAUAAAUACGUUAUCAUCGCCGAGGUUAACGGUACCAUACACUGUCGGACCGUAGAGAAAGGAAUUAAAAUUUGGAAGUAUCAAGGGGCAAAAGGGAAUAUAUUUUCAUCGAUUUGUAUCAAGGAAUUAGACAAACUUAAAUGGCAAAUGACUUUUGGCUGUCACGAUAACAAAGUAUACAGUUUAAUUGUUAAGAAUUUCCAGCCGAGUUUGAAUUGGAAGGCGGAACUUACAUCACCCAUUUACGCAACCCCGCGAAUAUUGAGCGACAAGUUACUACUGACAGCGACCAAUAAUGGAAUAUUGUAUAUUUUAGAUUCAGACACUGGCGUAACACUUACAGAAUAUCAACUCCCCAAUGAAACGUUCUCGACCCCAGCCAUUUACGGCGAUUAUAUAUUUAUCGGAUGUAGAAAUGAUCACGUAUUCUGUAUCAAAUAUGUUAUGAAUAUAUGA